AUGUUGAAAGUUUAUGGUCGGCUGUCUUUUCGGUCGGCAUAUGUGAAAUAUGAUUCGGAUUUAAAUAUUUCACUCAAAUUCUUGAAGAUACUUUUAAAAAUCUAUCUAUCUAUCUAUCUAUCUAUCUAUCUAUCUAUCUAUCUAUCUAUCUAUUCAUUCAAAAAUUUUGAACUACCAGCGUCUCUCGUUCCUGCGCAUGUGCAGUCAAAACAACAACAAAUCCAGCUCGAUGAUGUCCUAACCGAUGAAACAGGUUACAGAAACUCCACCACAAAAAUUUUAAAUACAUCUAUCUAUCUAUCUAUCUAUCUAUCUAUCUAUCUAUCUAUCUAUCUAUCUAUCACUGUCUGUUUAUCUAAGACCGUUCAUAUCUUUCCAUAUCUAUCUGUCCAUCUAGCUAAUAUCUAUCUAUCUAUCUAUCUAUUUAAAUUUAUAUAUCCGCCGAAUUAUUAG